GCUAACUUUAGACUGACCCGCCUUUGUGGGUUGUGCCGAAAUUGAGGGUUGGAGCAUGUGCAGUGAACAGCUAGAAGGAAGGGCCGCCAUUGCUGUACCCAGUGUGACAGCGGUAGAGAAGCUUGGCAUGGGACUACCGUGUGAAGACUGAUCUUAACGCCCACGACAUACAGUGAAUGGGGAGAUAAGAUUGCGAGCGUACAGACUUGGGCCUAACCUGUAGUAGCUGGAGACACGGAUACUGACUGAAUGCGAAUCGGUUUUGGGCAGUUUGGAUAAAAACGGCUGUGAGUGCAUACUACGGACGGUCAGUAAUUGAAAGAGGAGCCAGAAGCGCUAAGAAGGACUUUACAGUUAGUUAACGCUAUUGGGGACAAGGAGAGACGUGUUGCAGGAGGGUGUCUGUAACUGGACCGAGAAGCCAGUGGGUUAAACUGUUUGGUGAUUGUGGCGGCCGUUUUACAAAGUAGCUAUAUUUGGAGUUGAGAAGAGGGUCACAGUUGUUCGGGCUGGGGUAAAAGGCAGUGCAGAGGGGUAACUGCCCCAGGGGUGGUAGUUUGGGGGGCAGGUUCCAUUUGAUGGAUCCUCGGAUCGCCUGGUUCCAGCCAGAGCAGCUAGGCCCCUCCAAUAGCCUGUGGAUGCAAAUCUGGGAAACUACGCAAGGUUUGAGGAACCUCUACUUUAACCAUACUAGUCCGGCCUCCCCCACACAUAGCGGAUCUUCCAGCAGCUCCUCGGUCAGCGAGGCCAACACCAUGAACAGGGACAGCGAAGCAGUUCAGAACAACCAGUCCUUGGGGGAGCAGAGAGAUUACAUCCCACUUGAGACCACCAAUAAUAACAACCAACUGCUCAGCCAGAGCCCUGGGGUGUUGGGGAAAGGACAUGACCAUAUUAACAGGAAUAAGAGGAAACGGGAUAACAAGGCAAGUACAUUCGGGCUCAACUGCCUUCUUCAGGGUUCUGCUGGGAGCAGCGUGGUGGGACUGUUCAGCGGGACUCCGUGGAAAACCCGAACAUAUAGCGAAGAGGUUAUAGGGCUUCAUGAAGAGAUAAUUGACUUCUACAAGUACAUGUCCCCUCGGCCCGAGGAGGAGAAGAUGAGGAUGGAAGUUGUAAACCGAAUUGAAAAUGUCAUUAAGGAGCUGUGGCCCAAUGCAGAUGUGCAGAUAUUUGGAAGCUUUAAAACAGGACUUUACUUACCGACAAGCGAUAUUGAUCUUGUUGUGUUUGGGAAGUGGGAGAAUUUGCCCCUCUGGACUCUGGAGGAAGCACUAAGGAAGCACAAUGUUGCUGAUGAAAACUCUGUCAAGGUUCUUGACAAAGCCACGGUACCAAUUAUUAAACUGACCGAUUCCUUUACUGAAGUGAAAGUGGACAUCAGUUUUAAUGUACAGAAUGGGGUGAAAGCAGCACAGCUUAUCAAGGAUUUUAUCAAGAAGUAUCCGGUCCUUCCAUACCUUGUGUUGGUUUUAAAGCAGUUCCUGUUACAAAGGGACCUUAAUGAAGUGUUUACGGGUGGCAUUGGCUCCUACAGUCUUUUUUUAAUGGCUGUCAGCUUCCUGCAGUUACAUCCAAGAGAAGAUGCCUGCAGCCCAGAUGCCAAUUACGGUGUUCUGCUUAUAGAGUUCUUUGAGCUCUAUGGAAGGCAUUUCAAUUAUGUCAAAACUGGAAUUCGGAUAAAAGAUGGGGGAUCAUAUGUAGCCAAAGAUGAAGUGCAGAAGAAUAUGCUCGAUGGCUAUAGACCAUCAAUGCUGUACAUUGAGGAUCCAUUGCAGCCUGGAAAUGAUGUUGGAAGAAGUUCUUAUGGUGCCAUGCAAGUGAAGCAAGCAUUUGACUAUGCAUAUGUUGUCUUAAGCCAUGCAGUUUCACCAAUUGCCAAGUUUUAUCCCAACAAUGAAACUGAAAGCAUCCUGGGACGUAUAAUUAGAGUAACUCAGGAAGUUGUCACUUACAGAGAAUGGAUAUCUAAACAUUGGGGGAAGAAGGUGAAGUCUGAUCCUGCUUACAAUGGAAACGAAGUGACUUUGAUAAAUUUGGACAAAUGUAACAAUAAUGUGACUGAAGAGAACACUGAUUCUGGACAGGCUAAGAAUAAAAUAUCAGAAACACUUUACAAACACUCCUCUAACUCAUCUGGUCCUCUUUCCUCUUCUUCUUCCACACUCUCAAGUUCAAGUGAUGUGAAGAAAGUCAUUAAACGUCUGUGCAUUCAGGACUCAGACGGAACUCCAUUCAAAACUUUGAAGCAGCCAAGUUGCAGGCAAAACAGCGACAGCCGAAUGGGCCAUCAGGAUUUCUGCACAAGCUCCUUGCAGCCCAGUAGUAAAUCACAAACUAUCCAGAGCGUCAGCUCUUCAAACAACAGCAACAAAGCCCAGCAUGGCACAACCAGACUAUUUCGAUCCACCUCAUCCAGCAAAAGUUUCCAGGGACAUCCCAACACAAACCAAGGCACAUCAGUGCCAAGCCGGCACCAACAGAGUGGAAAAGCACAACAUCAGCAAUAUCACAGCAAGAAGCGCAAGCACAAGCGGGAAACAGACCUGUGCAGAUAGUUGCUUUAGAACCUGACUUAAACAUCCGCAUUGUGCUGCAGAACAGUUAUACUGGGCCCUCUUCCUCCCAGAAGCUGAUGCUGUUCAGACUGUUUAAGCACCUCAUUUGUUUAUUUUAAUUUUCCCAUCUGGCCAUGGAAUGGAUCAUGAAGAAUUGCAACCACAAAAAAAAAAGAGGGGAAAAAGAAAAAAAAAAAAAUAUAUAAAAAUAUGGCUUGCUCAUUUGGAAAAAACAUACUGGGUAACUCACAAUAUAUUUGCACUUCCUAUCAGCUUUACCAGGCUGAUUUGUAGAAAUAAGAAACUGUUUGUUGGUGAGAGAACAAAAAGGGGGGUGCAUUUUGUAGAAAACCUCUACUUUCAGGCAUGAUUUAUUUUAAAUUUAAUUAUUCUACUAUUUUAUUGUGCAUCCUAUAAAGGAAACCCCAUUUUUUGUAUUUGUGCAUCUUUUUACAAAAAAAAGUUUAAAACAAAAAGGUUGUAAUUGGACUCAGGAUCUAUGAGUUCACAUUGGUAAUCCCCUUCAAUUCAGAGUUAGCCCCAGACCAUGGCCAGGGGUUUUAUCCCUUUGUGUGGAAAAAAAUGGAGACUUUGUCAUAACAAAACAGUUUUUAGUAAAAAAAAAAAAAAAAAAAAAAAAAAAAA